CCAUUGCCUCUUCCCAUAAAAUAAAAUUAAAAAAAAAAAUCACUUUGAUUUCUUCUUGGCUAGGGUCUCUCUAUCUCUCUCUCUUUGAUCAGUAUGAGAGUUAAAUGCUGAAGCUGAGAUGAGGCAGGCCUCCAUUUAAUACAAUCUAAUACGUAAGGAUCUUUUCUUCUGUACGAGUGUUUGAGCUUCCACGGCCUUGCCUUUCACCACUUGUCAAGAAAUCUCCAUCACCAAAAUUUGGGGAAUUCAAGGAAAACCAAAAAAAAAAAAAACCCCAGAAAAAAGAUAGCCUUUUUUUUUCUAUUUUAUUUUUUAUUUUAUUGUUUUAGUCGUGUCUAUUUAAGCAGCGGGGAAGUCUAUGUUGGGCAGUUGAGUUCUUCAUCCGACAGUGUACUAGGGAAAUACUAAGGCAGCUGAUUUAUUUCUGUGUUUGAGGAGCCUUUUUUUUUUUUUUUAAGAAAAAAAAGAAAUUUCAUUUUCAUUUUCUCUUGUAUUUUUUUUUGGGGGGGUGAAGAAAUAUGAGCUACUUGGGUGUUGGUGUUAGUCCUGGGAAUGUACCAGUAUAUCACAUGACAGAUUCAAGAGUUGUGGAUCGGAGAGUGAGAAUGGCCGAGUUAGUGUUGAGAUGUCUCAUCUCUGUUCUUGGAAUUGUCGCUUGUGUUCUUGUGGCCACAGAUACACAAGUGAAAGAGAUCUUCUCAAUCCAGAAGAAGGCCAAGUUUACAGACAUGAAAGCACUUGUAUUUUUGGCGACAGCAAAUGGGAUUGUUGCAGCUUACUCUUUGGUGCAGGCUUUGCGUUGUGUAGUGAGCAUGGUUAGGGGAAAUGUGAUCUUUAGCAAGCCUUUAGCUUGGGUCAUUUUCUCUGGUGAUCAGGUGAUGGCUUACGUGACGGUGGCUGCAGUCGGAGCUGCUGCGCAGGCGGCAGUGUUUGCCAAGCUGGGGCAGGCGGAGCUGCAAUGGAUGAAAAUAUGCAACAUGUAUGAUAAAUUCUGCAACCAAGUCGGAGAGGGAAUCGCUAGUGCUUUGUUGGUUAGCCUUAGUACGGUGGUGAUCUCCGGCAUCUCAGCUUUCAAUCUUUUCCGUUUGUAUGGCGGUAACAAGGCCAAGAGCAGCGCUAGGUGGUAGGACUUAGUGUACUUAGUUCUGUCUAUUUGUCCACAACAUGGUUUCUGUAAUAGUGUCUGGUCUGCUUAUUACAAUAGGAUGAUGUUGAUGAUAAUGAUGAUGACGAUGACAAAAUGGUGGUUGCGAUGGUUGUAAGUAUUGACUUUGUGACUUCCCACUGGAUAACAAUAAACACAGGCAUUGUUGUUUUCA